AUGGGUGCCUACAAAUACUUGGAAGAGUUGCAAAGAAAGAAGCAAUCUGAUGUCUCCAGAUUCUUGUUGAGAGUUAGAUGUUGGGAGUACAGACAGAGAAACGUCAUCCACAGAGCUUCUAGACCUUCCAGACCAGACAAGGCCAGAAGAUUGGGUUACAAGGCCAAGCAAGGUUUCGUCAUCUUCAGAAUUAGAGUCAGAAGAGGUGGCAGAAAGAGACCUGUGCCAAAGGGUGCCACUUACGGUAAGCCAACCAACCAGGGUGUUACUCAAUUGAAGUACCAAAAGUCCUUGAGAGUCACUGCCGAGGAGAGAGUUGGCAGAAGAGCUGCCAACUUGAGAGUGUUGAACUCUUACUGGGUCAACUCCGACUCCACCUACAAGUACUUUGAGGUCAUCUUGGUCGACCCAUCGCACAACGCCAUCAGAAGAGACGCCAGAUACAACUGGAUCGUCAACCCAGUGCACAAGCGUAGAGAGGCCAGAGGUCUUACUUCUGCCGGUAAGCAAUCCAGAGGUAUCAACAAGGGUCACUUGUACAACAACACCAAGGCCGGCCGUCGCCACACUUGGAAGAAGCACAACACCUUGUCCUUGUGGAGAUACAGAAAGUAA